UCCGGGAAUGUGCCGUGAUCAGAGUUUUAGUCGCGGAAGGCAAGAAAGGUUGUAAAAUCCACGAAAGAAUAUUAGAAAUGUACGGAGACAAUUGUUUGAAUCAAUCGAACGUUUAAAAAUGGGUAGAACAGUUUCAAAGUGGCCGUACAAAAGUCUGUGACGAGUAACACAGUGGACGACUGGUCGAAGUUGGGACUUACUCUCUCGAAUCUCGGUCUGACACGUUUAAUCACACUUGAACUGAUAAUGUAAAAAUAAAUGUGAGUGUUGCAACUUUCAAUACAAUUAUUCAUAACAAGCUGCAGUACAAGAAACCCUGUGCGAGAUGGGUGCCAAGAUAUCUCAUAGACGCUCACACAGAAACCAGCCUUCAAAUCAGUUACAGUUGACGCUAGUGGUCGUGUGGUGUGUCGCCUCAUGUCUGGGGAUGCCGGCGUACGAGUCUCAGUACGAGCACGAUCAGUCUCAGGAACUCUACAGCCACGAAAACUACGAGGGCGGCGGCCUAGAAGACGGCGGUGGUCUGCAAGAUAGCUACCACAACGAUGAUGACCAUCAUCACGUUGAUUACUACGCACAUCCUAAGUACAGUUUCAAGUACGGGGUGCACGACGAGCACACAGGAGACGUGAAGAGUGCCCACGAGACAAGGGACGGUGACGUAGUGAAAGGCAAGUACUCUCUGGUCGAACCGGACGGCAGUGUACGCACAGUGGAGUACACGGCAGACAAGCACAACGGGUUUAACGCCGUGGUGACACGCUCCGGCCACAACACGCACGCGUACCACACACCGGAGCACGACUACGAGCACAGCUACUGUGUGACCUUCAUGGCAGAGGUUACACCACGACGUGAAUUAGUUUACGGCUCUCCUGUCAUAGCGUGUGCUCUUGGACUGAGUUUUUGUCAACUUGAACGAGUUCCCGUUCCAGUUUCAACACUGCAGCCACUGCCGUUUCUUCACCAGGUCCACGCAAAUGAGGAGUCUCCGCCUGGUGAAUCCGGAAAAGACUCGAACCUAGAACUGAGUCAAGGUUUCAGUAAGCCUGAGAGGUUCGCAACAAUGUUCUACCUACGUCUGCACUUGUUUCAGACACUAGCAGCCGUGCUGGCUGUGCUCUCCAGCGUCAGCUCCGCCCCCACACCGACGCCGGAAGAGGAUUAUGCCCCUCACGAUGUCGACCAUGACUACCACGACUCUGACCACGACUACUACUCUGCUCCAGGGUACGACCAUCUGCCCCAAUACAUACCUGUCGUGCUACCCAAGACAGCCCCUAUCAUCGUACCGGACUACAACCUCGCCCCUCUCGUCCCGGGCUACCAAGGCAAGUCCAUUGGGUACGACUUCCCCACCAAGUCUGCAGGCGUCCCUGUGGUUCUACCUCACGUUGGGGCACCUUAUGAUGGCGCCGAGUACGCCAACUACGCCCCUCACCAUGACCAUGAACAUUACUCAUAUCCUAAGUACGCUUUCAAGUACGGAGUGCAUGACCCUCACACGGGAGACAUCAAGCAGCAGUGGGAAGAGAGAGACGGAGAUAAGGUAAAAGGUAUGUACUCGUUGGUAGAACCUGACGGCUCAAUCCGUGUAGUGGAGUACACAGCAGACGAUCACAACGGCUUCAAUGCUGUAGUCAAGAAAAUAGGAGUGUCCCACCAUCCCUCGCCCGUCUACCCUCACCACGCUCCUCUCGUCAGCUACCCGGCCAAGAGCAUCGACUACCCUUACAGCAGCUACGACUACCCAUCCAAAUCCAUCGAUUACCUCCCCUCCAAAUCGACAGAUUACUACAUACCGAACAAAUCGAUUGAUUAUAAAUAGUCACUAAGAUAGAAACUUAGGUGUACCAAAGUGUUUUUAUAUUUUUUUAUAAUGUAACUUACCACCUUAACUUAGCACACCUUUAGACAUUAUUUUAUGAUUCAGAAUGGAGAACGUCUUAAUGUGAAUAUUUGUAUUAUAUAGACUGUUACAAGAAAGCGAAUGAAAUUCGAGUAAUGAGUUACUGUAUUUGAUUUUGUGAACAUGAAGUCUGAAUGUAUAUGUAAUUAAGUUGUUCCAAAUCCAGUGUGUUCGUAUUAUAGGAAAAAGUAGCAAAUAUAUAGUAAUGUAUUUUUUCA